AUGUCGACACCACUCAACUUCCACUGGCUUCGUAACCACUUUGAUACAGAAGAUGAGGCGCUGCAUGCAUGCAUCCGUGACGGCAAUCUUCAACGACUUCAGCAGCUACUGGGUGCUUCGCCCGCUCCGGACAUCCAAUAUGAUUCUUAUGGAUUCGGUCCGCCAGUUCAUUUUGCUUCAUGGUGUGGCAAUUUGGAGGCCGUCGAAAUGCUUCUAGCGGCUGGCGCAGAUCCUCUACUUGUGAGCGAAGGCCAGGAUAGGCUCAGAGCCAUCGCAUACGCUGCUGCACGGGGUCACCGAGACAUCGUCAAGCGCCUCUGGGGGUUUUGCCCACCGGAAGUUCAUGUGCGUAGAGGCAGACAGUAUACGUCGUGCUUCAUUAUGGCGGCAAAUCAGGGACAUGCUGCUAUUGUGGAAGAUUUGCUAGACUGGUGGGAUGGUUGGCCACACGAGUUGAAGUAUCAUGCACUUGUUGGCGCUGCAGUGCGAUGGCGCCUUGCGGUAGCUACUUUGCUCUUACGCAGAACAUCAUUUGAGCAGUCCACUCUCCAAGAAGCACUGCGGCUGGCUACAUAUCGCAGAGCCUUGGUGACUGACGAUGACAAAGGACAUCGCGAGGCCAUUGACUACUUGAACCAGCAACUCAUGGUUGAGUUGCUGAUUGAUGCCGGGGCAGAUCCGAAUGAGUGUCCAAACAACACACCGCCGCUUAUAUACGAUGUCGCUUCUGACGCAAACCUCACCGGUGUGCUCAAGUCUCUUCUUGAGAAAGGCGCAGACCCCAACAAAACCGACGGGUCUGGUAAGUCUGCUCUGCAUGUUCUUGCUGAGCCGGUUGCAUUAGCCGGUCCGAUCGGUAUAUUUGGCCGACCGAUGCCUGUAACGAUGAAUGAGACUGCGAUUCGCCUCGUGUUGCAACACAAAGGUUCCGUAUCUCAGCCAGACAAUGCAGGUGAGUGUCCCUUGCACCGGGCUGCUUAUGGACUAGACUUGCGUCUCUUCCGCCUAUACCUGGCAUCCUGUCCAGAGCAAAGCCGAGAGUCUCUGCUUCAGUUAACAAAUCAUCACGGGGAGACGAUGCUGCAUUACGCUGCUGCCGGAUGUCAUAUUGAGGUGAUGGAGGUUCUGAUUGCUCAAGGUUUGGAUGUAAACGCAAUCAAUUCCAACGGCUGGACACCCUUGAUGUGCGCCCUAAUUCCCAUCGACCGUCGAUAUUAUCGGUACAAGUCACCUAUCGAAGCAAUAAAAGCGGCUCAGUUUCUACUCUCUCACGACGCCGAUACUGGUACCGUGACAGAAGAGGGCCUGACCCCGCUACACGUCCUCUCCCUGCAUCGCGAUAAAGACGUCAACGGUAAGAUGGCAGAUUUAACUAGGAAGUUGAUAUCCCGCGGUGUCAACCCGGAAGCUCGCGCUCGUCUGUUGAUCCCAGACAGCAAGACUAUCGCGCCCUGUCUUGGCCUCCCCUGGGGCCACCGUAUAAGGGGCGUCAUGACAGAUCCGUCAACUCACAACAUGGUCAUACAGCCCGCGCUGGCACCGUUGUACUGGGCAGCCCAGCGUGGCGCUGUCGGUGUCAUCAAAGUACUAUUGGCUCAUGGCGUUGAUGUUUCAUCAAUGGACGACCAAGGUAUCUCUGCCACCAGAAUGGCAGCCAACUCAAAGUUUUUGGAACGGCAGCCCGAGCUUGUUGAAACCAUUAUUGGACUAUUGCUGGCUGCUGGCGCUGGAUUCUAA